ACAGUGUAAUUCAAAAAUGUUCUUAGUUUUUUUAAGGCAUCUGGAGACCCCCUCUCAGUGUCUCAUGACCCUCAGUGGGGUCCUGACCCCAAGGUUAAGAACCACUGUUCUAGAAUAUGAAGCCCUUUUCCCAUUUCUCUAAACUCACAGUGACUGACGUUCUGCAGAGAACGACAGGAUGAAUCUUCAAACAUCCCCGGUCCUUCAGCUCUGAGGAGAGCAUCAGGACUCAGACUCCUUCCAUACUGAACCGGUCUCUAGUCCUGGUGAACUUAUCCGAAUAAAAACAGAUGCUCUCUAUCGCUGAUAUUUCUGUUCCUCUGAGGAGAGCAUCAGAUUUCCUGAUCCUUUCACCUCACAGUAAUCCACAGAUCCUUUAUUCUAGUCCGUCUACAGGGAUCUGCAGUAAUCCACAGAUCCUUUAUUCUAGUCCGUCUACAGGGAUCUGCAGUAAUCCACAGAUCCUUUAUUCUAGUCCGUCUACAGGGAUCUGCAGUAAUCCACAGAUCCUUUAUUCUAGUCCGUCUACAGGGAUCUGCAGUAAUCCACAGAUCCUUUAUUCUAGUCCGUCUACAGGGAUCUGCAGUAAUCCACAGAUCCUUUAUUCUAGUCCGUCUACAGGGAUCUGCAGAAAUCCACAGAUCCUUUAUUCCAGUCCGUCUACAGGGAUCUGCAGUAAUCCACAGAUCCUUUAUUCCAGUCCGUCUACGGGGAUCUCCAGUAAUCCACAGAUCCUUUAUUCCAGUUCAUCUACAGGGAUCUACUGUUGUUACUUUCAUUAGACUGAUGGCCAGAUAUCCGGGGGUCUGUUGAGGGUCCUGGACCUCGAUGUUGGUCCAGGGGUCCUCCCAGGGGCCUGAUUAGUCAAUCAGAAUCUAUUUUAUUGUCGUCUUAAUCAGUGAAAGUCGUUCAGAACAAAGCGCUCGUAUUUAAUGUGCACCUUUGUUGAUUAUAUCUCAGGACCCCCGGGGACCAGGACCCCUUGGGGACCAGGACCCCCAUGACUCCUUCCCUACGUGAGGGUCCAGCUCCCUGAUCUGGACUCUGAUCUCCAGCUGCAUUAAUCUCCACAGCUCAUCAUCCACCAAUCAUGCUACAGCCUCUGCCCAGAGGCCCCGCCCACAGCUACAUAAAGCCCCGCCAAGGCUCAGAGCUCAUAUGAAGGUGGAUGAUCGGAGCAGAGAUGGUGGUGGAGGUCAAAGGUCGUCUGGAGGUGAUGGAGGGAAACCAGCAGAAGGUGGAGGUGAAGCUGCUUCUGCUCGGCGCUCACAGCGUGGGGAAAUCUGCUCUCACAGUCCGGUUUCUGACCCGGAGGUUUAUCGGCGAGUACGGAGACAUCGAUUCAGUUUACAGCCGAGUGGAGCGGCUCGACGGUCAGGACGUCUGCUUCAGUGUCUGGGACUCUCUCUACUCACAGGACGGCGAGCAGGCUCCGCCCAUCAGUGACAAACAGCUGCAGUGGGCGGACGGCGUGAUUCUGGUCUACAGUAUCUGCGACCGCCUCAGCUUUGACAUCGUCCGUCAGCAGCUGCAGCAGAUCCGCCGCAGCAGGAAGUCACUUCCCGUGGUCAUCGUGGCGAACAAACGGGACCUCCGACGUCACCGCAGCGUCUCCAGCGAGGAGGGUCUUCUGCUCGCUCUGUCGCACGGCUGCGGCUUCUUCGAGGUGUCGGCGGCGGAGACGUACCACGGCGUCCUGCUGGUGUUCCACCGCCUUGUCGACCUCGUCAGAGAGAGCCGCGCGCUGAAGAAGAGCUCGGCUGGCGUUCGAGAGAUCGUCCGCAGCGUGUCAGCCGUGUUUGGAAAGAAGCGAGCAGAGUAGGCGAAGACGGUAAAGAGAUGUUUGAUGACAUCAGAGGUCAAAGGUCAGAGAUGUGAUGGUUGGACGCAGGUGCAGAGAAAGGGUCGACGGCAACGCUGGCGGCAGAAAGAGGCGGCUCCAGUUGAUCUAAGGAGAUGUUGAGGCGUUGGCGCUACCAUCAGGAUGAACUUUAAUGACCCUGGACUGUGAAUGUAACGCCACUCUCAGGUCAACAUGGAAGCAUGUCUGACAUCCUGCAGCAGUGAUGUCAUCACCAACAGACUUUGUUUAUAAUGCUAAUCAUGUUAGCAUGCUAAAGGCGCUAAACCUCCAUGUCAUGCUAUUGUGGGAUCUGUUUCAAUAUUUAUUAUAUAUUAAAUAAAGGCUCUAAAUCA